CAUUAAACCAAACUGCUCUAUUCAUUUCAGUCUCUUCAGUCUCGGUUUCUCCUCUUACUCUAAUCAAAAAGGCUUAAAACCAGGUUGACAGAGAGAAAUAAUGACAUUAACAAAGAGAUACAUACUCAGACUGUUCAUAUCACUGAAAUACAUAUCAGCAAAUGUAAUUGAUAGAAAACGUGGACGGAUUGUAGUCUUAGCAUCUACAGCUGAGAAGUCCAUGAAACAAGCAAUGGAAUCUUCUUGCAAUGUGAAAGCUGCUGAGGCUGUUGGUGAAGUUCUUGCUAUGAGGCUCAAAGUUGGAGGACUUGAUCAAGGUGGGGAAGGUAAUGGAAUUCAUGUUAAUGUUGACAAGGAAGUUGAGAAAAAGGCUUUUAAAAAUCGUACUAAGAUUUUGGCUUUGGUUGAUGCUCUUAAGAAUCAUGGUGUUAAGCUUGUUCUUGAUGAUGAUGAUGGUAAAGAACUAAAGAUGAUGGUGAUACCUCUAGUCCUCGUCAAAUUUAAGGGUUUUGAUGUUUUUAUUUGUAGCUUAGAGAUGAACUUUUAAGGCUUAAACAAUGCUUGAAUAAAGUAUAUAUGUGCUUGUUGCAUAAAAUUGUGUUUGUAAGUCUGUUAAACCCUUGCCAGAACAAGAAAUGAAAAUUUUCUGAGAUGGGAAUACAA